AUGGGGCCUGUCAGCUACUCAUCAGAGACCUAUGACUUGAGCCAGGUGGAGCUGAGUGGUUACUACGAAGCCGAGAACAGCACCCCAUCUUUGGAGGGCUACUUUUGCUUCAACCCAGCCUCAUCUGUGGUUGGCAACCAGAGAGACCCGUUCAGAAAGGUCUUCAUGCCCGUCAUCUACCUGCUGAUGUUCGUCUUGGGGACUGUGGGCAAUGCCCUGGUCCUGGUCAUUUUAGAGAGGUUCAAGCGGUCUCGCACUACCACAGAGAACUUCCUCUUCCACCUCACCCUGGCCAACCUAGCGCUGUUGCUCACCUUCCCCUUCAGCGUGGUGGAAAGCUUGGCCGGGUGGGUAUUUGGGAAGUUCCUCUGCAAGGUCCUCAGUGCUGUCCACAAGAUCAAUUUCUACUGCAGCAGCAUGCUGCUGGGGUGCAUCGCGGUGGACCGCUACCUGGCCAUCGUCUACGCAAUCCACACCUACCGCAAACGCAGAGCUCGCUCCAUCCACCUCACCUGCACAGCUGUCUGGCUCUGCUCGCUGCUUUUGACCUUACCCGACUUCAUCUUCAUGGAAGUCUGGACAGAUGACAGCAACCGCAGCAUUUGCUAUUUUCCAGAGGUUGGGAUCGAUGGCAACAAUGUCUGGCUGGCAACCCGCUUCCUCUACCACACCGUGGGCUUCUUUGUGCCCCUGCUGGUCAUGUGUUACUGCUACAUGGCCAUCGUCCGGGCUUUGUGUCAGUCCCAGCGCCUGCAGAGGCAAAAGGCUGUCCGCGUGGCCAUCCUGGUCACAGGCGUCUUCCUGCUCUGCUGGAGCCCGUACCACAUCGUCAUCUUCCUGAACACACUUACCAAGCUAGAAGCUUUCACCAAGAACUGCCUCCUGGAAGACCAGCUGGACACAGCCAUCAUGGUGACAGAGGCCAUUGGCUUCACGCACUGCUGCCUCAACCCCAUCCUCUACGCCUUCAUCGGAGUCAAGUUCCGUAACGACUUCUUCCGGAUCCUGCAGGAGCUCGGCUGCAUCAGCCAGGAGACCCUGCAGGAGAUCCUGGAGGUGGCGAGGAAGGGCAGUGGGAUCGAGUCUGACAACACCACCUCUAUCUCCACUUUCUAAUUGGGAAAGGCUGUCUGCAGGGCAGAACCGGCCUGGGGCUUGCCUUCCCAGUGGCACAUGUGCUGUGACCUCGCUCCCAAGUUUCACAAGCGUCCCCACCGCUUUUUUUCACUCCUCAGGAAGCUGAGGGCUGGUAGCCACCAAACACCCAAAGCCCACCAGAUACUUUCCCUGGCUCCUUCUGGUUCUCCUGCAUGUAGAAAUCUGUCUGGCAGCUGUUGGCGAGUGCUGGUUGUCCAACCGUUGCUCUGGCAGGGCCGGAUGAACCAGAGCAUGUUGAACCUGACGUUUCCACUUCUCCCUCGAAAAACUGACUGCAGGCGUCCUGUGCACAGAGCUGGGCACGAGACUGGGGUGCCGGGAGUGAGUAAAA